AUUUUUCGGACAUUUAUUUAAUUAUCGAUUGAUUUGAACGGAAAAAGCGCUAAACUAUACACUCAUUAAGAGGUUAAUCGCUUGUCAUGUGAUGUCUGCGAAGUGACCACUCAUUUGACGAUCACCUCAACGCAUCUCAUGAAAUCAACUGAGAGUACAAUGUCUUGAUAGUGAUUAUCACUAUCAGUGGUAAGAAAUGAUUAGUUAAUUGGGGUUUGGAUUUGGGAUAAUCGGUAUACGACUGAAUGGUGGGUCGAGUAUGGGAUCAAAUGCAUCGGUACUUCAGUGGCGAUGUCACGGCUGUACCUAUUCGUUGAAUCCGACCGAACGAUGGACUUGUGGUAUGUGUGGCGCCCGAAGACCUCUCCAACCCUCGCACCCGACCAGCACUUCCACGAAGACGUGUCUGUCAUCGACGCCAGAGACCGAUGAUGGCUGCGAUCCACGCCCUCCACACUCGCCGCUCGAGAACUGUCUUCACUUCGACGACAAUCACUUCGGAGGUGAUCCACAACCGGAUGGACACAACACAGCAAUCGACGAAGGGACUGACAGUCAGUUUGUGGCCCACAAGAGAUCCAACAGCACCUCCAAAGAUAGUGAUGAGCAAGAGUUAGCCCCCGAUGACUGCCAUCAACGCAAGAAACACUUUGACGGCUACCUGACAACCGCACCGUCGUUUGUCAGUUGCAUUCGCCUCAAGAGAUCCAAUAGUAGUCCAGUGAACAGUCAAAUCAAUUUCUUGGACAAGACUUUUGUCAAAUGCAUCGGCAAGAAGAGCCAGAAGUGGUUGUGUCCCACGUGUGGCUUCAAGAAUAUCUCGACGUGCUCUGAGUGUGUCCACUGCCACCAAAUCAAGACCAACCGUCAACUCAUCAGUCAGUCGAGCGAAGAAUCUCACAAAUCAGUGCCAAUAGAGGAGUUGCGGUGGAAGUGCUAUAACUGCCAGUUCUCUAACCCACAGAAUCGCUACGAGUGUGUUGUCUGCAAUUGUCUCAGACUUGACACCGAUUUGUUCAAUACAAGCAAAGCCAUUGCCAACUCAAAUAUAUCGUCUAUCGUAUCGCCCAUUCAUUUCAACAGAACUUCUAUUACCAAGCAUUUGGUCGACUCGAAAGCCGAGGCCAAGUGGUCGUGUCUUAAGUGCCACUUCUUGAACAUCCCGUCAUCCAUCAGUUGUAUUAUAUGUGAUAAUUCCCGUCAAUUCAUUCCACUCUACGAUAAAAAGACAAAUCCUUUGCACCCGAAGAGUGCCGUUAAUGUAAGAGAAGCCAAAUUCAAGGAACGACUCAAAAGGCACGGCUCUGAAGGCUCUUCUAAUGGCGACCAAAGCGAUGGUUAUGAGGACUAUCUUCAGCACCAUUUAGUCAGUAAUAAUAGUCCCGAAACGCCCGCUCGUCUCAAGCGGAGCACUUCGUUCAGUGAAGUCACUUACGCUCUCAUCGGUGUCCAGAAGAAUAAAGUCUUAAAACAGAGUCAAUGCCUUCAGAAAGAGAGUUCUCUGAGUUCUGGCACUGAAUCGACGGACUCACCCACUCAUGCGACCAGUAGUUCAACGACAAUGACUGACCACAACAUCGUAGAUCUCACGCAAGACGAUGACAUGUAUGAGUCGUCCGACUGGUCCUGUAGUCAGUGUUCGUUCGCAUCCAAUAAAAGCUAUUCAUUAGUUUGCGAAAUGUGUGACAAGAGACGGUCCGACGAUAACGUGAAUACCGGUGCUCUAGGCAUUCAAAGACUGCAAUCAAUAGUUUUAAAUAACAAUCUAAUUAAUAGUAAUAAUAAUUUUAAUAAUCACACGAAUAAUAGUCAUUUGCGAAGCAAUAACUCACAGCAAAUAAUCUCAUCCAACGGAAUGCUGUCCAACGGCUGGACAUGUAUUAAGUGUACGUUAAUUAACUCAUUCGCCGAUAACUACUGUACGGCUUGUGGCGGAUCUAAACUCAACAGCACUACUGACAAGAACUUCUUGACUCUAAAGCCGAACGAGAGUUGGGUCUGCAGUCGAUGUACGCUCAGGAAUACCAUGGAUUCGACCACAUGUUCGGCCUGUGGUCACAAACGACAAGAUCUGAGGAACAGCUCCAUCGCCAUCAUCGAGGAUGACACUGAAGACGAUGAUGUGGUGCUCGUGAGGCCGACCGCCUCAGCCAAUGUCCACCGACGCGAUCUGACCCGAAACAAGUCGGAGUGGGAGUGCAGUGCCUGUACUUUCCUGAACCCUAUCGCCCGAUACAGCUGUGAGAUCUGCCAACAGUCGCGAAGUGUGCUGACUCUGAGGCCGGACUCGGCUCAUCUCAACACCAGAACUCCUUCCGCGAGAUGUGAUUCAAAUACGAGUACUUUAUGUCACGGAGAGAGCGAACUCAUGGAAACUCUGAGGCGUAUAGAGGAGGACGAGGCGCGCAAUCGAUGGGAACAUAUCGUCCACUUUUGCGGCAAAAUUAAAAGCAAUUUCGUCGACGACUCGUUCCCUCCGCUCCAGAAAUCUCUGUAUUAUAACAUCGAAGACAUCGCUAACAACCAUAACGUCACUCAAUGGUUGAGACCAAACGAUAUUAGGAGCGACGCCAACUCCAGUGUCCGGUGGGCUGUCUUUCGGACGCCGAUGCCGUCGGACAUAUCGCAGGGAAUUCUCGGCAACUGUUGGUUUCUGAGCGCUUUGGCCGUAUUGGCUGAGCGCCCGGAGUUAGUCAAGCGAGUGAUGGUUACCCGCGAGAUCUGUCCGGAGGGCGCAUAUCAGGUGCGACUCUGCAAAGAUGGCAAAUGGACGACAGUUCUGGUGGACGACCUCUUGCCGUGCGAUUCCAGGGGACAUCUGGUCUACUCUCAGGCCAAACGCAAACAACUAUGGGUUCCGCUCAUAGAGAAGGCGUUGGCUAAACUGCACGGCUGUUACGAGGCUCUCGUGUCCGGCAGAGCCAUUGAAGGCCUGUCCACACUUACGGGCGCUCCGUGUGAGUCGAUUCCACUGCAAUCGUCGACUCCGUCGUCAAACGAAGAGGGAAUCGAUGAGCACUUGAUUUGGGCCCAACUCUUAAGCUCCAGAACCGCUGGCUUUUUGAUGGGUGCCUCCUGUGGGGGCGGGAAUAUGCAGGUCAACGACAGCGAGUACCACGCCGUAGGCCUCCGGCCCCGACACGCCUACUCUGUGCUGGACGUCCAGGACAUAGACGGCAUCCGAUUGGUGCGAUUGCGGAACCCGUGGGGGCACUACUCAUGGAAGGGCGACUGGUCUGACUCGUCGCCCCUCUGGACACCAGUACUUCGCGAGAAACUCAUCCCUCACGGGGCGAGCGAAGGUGUCUUCUGGAUGUCGUUCAACGAUGUCCUCAAAUAUUUCGAUUGCAUCGACAUCUGUAAAGUGAGAUCCGAUUGGAAUGAGAUUAGACUUCAGGGAGUGUUGCCGUCAAACGCGUUGGACGUGGAGAACCUGGCGAUCGUCGAGUUCACUGUCGUGGAGGCCACGGAACUGGAGUUCAGUCUCUUUCAAGAGGGACAGCGAAGUGCUGAGCGCUCGCAGAGGAGUCAACUGGACUUAUGUGUAGUCAUCUUCAGGAAUGGCAACCCGUCUAAUGGAGGGGUCGGCAAACUCGUCAAACACAGCAAACGCCAAGUGAGGGGUUUUGUGGGCUGUCACGUGAUGUUCGAACCGGGGGUUUAUGUAAUCAUCUGUUUGGCGUUCAAUCACUGGCAGACCAGUAUCGAGAGUGUGGAACAGUACCCGAAGUUCUUGCUGGCGAUGCACAGCUCAAAGCGCCUGUUGGUCGAGACGGUGUCCCCUCAGAGCUUCAUAUUGGCCGACGCUAUCAUCAAUUUGACACUUUCUAAGGGCCAGAGACACGAGGGUCGAGAGGGUAUGACUGCCUAUUACUUAACCAAAGGCUGGGCGGGUCUGGUAGUGGUGAUCGAGAAUCGAUUCCCCGAUCGCUGUAUUCAAGUGAUCUGUGAUUGUUCGGAGAGCGUCAAUGUUGUGUCCACCAGAGCUACGCUAAGAACUGUGGACAGUAUACCCCCACUGCACAGGGAAGUCAUAAUAGUGUUGACGCAAUUGGAGGGAAGCGGAGGGUUCUCUAUAUCUCACAGACUCACACAUCGGGUCUCUUACACGAGUGGACUCCACGACUGGGGACCCGUCGGUACAAACCACGUGCCAACCAUUGAUCGUAAGGUGUUUGGUCUGCACUCUCCCCGACCCCUAUAGCUAUAGAUUCUCACGAACUCUACUUAACUCAUGUGUAAAUGUAUUGACAUUUAUGUUUAAAUCGUUUUUUGCAUUUUCAAUCUAUUUGUACUGUACAUGAAUGUAAUGCAUACAUAUUUUAGCCUUAUAUUACUUCAAAAUCAUUGCCGCAUA